CGACGUGUCACCUGACUAAAACACUGCCUCGCAGCAGGAAGUGGCAUUAGCGGCUAACAAUACCUUGAGGACCUUUCGCCCGGGGGUUGACUCCUUAUAACUAACGUCAGGUUCCUUGGACCGACAGACGUGGGAGCAUGCCGCAGAAAGACCCAUGUCAAAAGCAAGCAUGUGCAAUUCAAAAGUGUUUACAAGCCAACAGGUACGUGGAGAGCAUGUGUGAGGACGUGAUCAGGGAGAUGCGACGGUGCUGUGAGACCCAGGCGGGAAAAUCCAUCUGCUGCUCCGGGUUCAAAGACUCAAAACCCACGGAGAAGAAAAAGUAACGCAUGGCUUCCCCGUGGGGUGCUCUUGAUGGGAAUAAUGUCAAGAGAGUAACACUGUAUCAGUGUCGUGUAGACUGAGUAACUUCCGUCUGUAUUGCCACAGCGCAAACAGUGGACUGAGUUGUAUGUUUCAUAAGGUGGAAGAAUGUGAAUCCAUGGCAGACAUUUCGAAAUGUCAUUGCAGAAAGGCACAUACGUGCAGCUGCAUUAUAUGGAGUGUAACCUUUAUCCAUGUUAUUAAUUAUAUUUGCUUUUGGCGAGUCCAGAAUGUCAUACCCCUCAGGGACAAUGACGGCAUAAAGUGGAACAUUAUAAUAUAAACUGUCCAGUGUUGUGUUUAUUAAAGGGAAGUUCGACUAAAUAGCUUUCUGCAGCUUUUUGUGACACUGUGCCCACACCCUGCUGUCAAGCCUGAGGCACACGUGUUUGUGCAUGUCAGCGCCGAGGUACACAGUUAACCCACACAGGUGUUUUAAAUUAUUCUGGUUGAUUACGCCCAUAAACCGUACGUAAAGAGAUUAUAAUCUUCUCAGGACUGUAGGGGCAUGUACAGAUCUCCCGGACUCUCGCCAGACAAAUGACACUGUCAUCAUUCUUUUCAGUACACUGACUCUGGUGACCUCACACACUUCCUGUUGUGGCUCUGCACAUCUUAAACCUGCGCAGAGGUCGUGUCAUCUAGAAUGACUAAAAACACCGGUUGGAUUUUACUCUCAAACGCAAAUGCAAGUGAUUUGCUCCACAGGAUCACUUAAUUAUGAGUAAAAUAAAAAUUGGUGUUUUGUCAGAAGAGUUGGAAAAGAUUCUUUGAUGUCCCAGUUGAUCUGUUCGAUGUUAUCGCUGCCUGUCUUGCCCAAGUCUGUUUCAAAUAGACCGGCAUCACCUGGCAUCUCUAAUGGCGGAUACAGUUUUUAAGAAACUGACUUUUAUAUGCAAAGGAAAAAUCACUGGAAAGCUAUGCUAAACCUGAGAAAUUAAUUUAAUAAUACGUGGUAUUUGACAUUAUAGAUAAAGCCAUCUCAGCUUUUCCUCGCAGAGCUCAAACAAACAUACGGUACAGUAUAUGUUAAUGUACAUAACAGUUGUCCCGCGGAGCUUAUCAUGGCAUGAAAUUGAGAAAAUGUAAUAACUGUAAAUAACUGAAGUGUCACCACAAAUGCCACCGGAACUAUGGAUCAUCAUCUUCGUAUCAUCAUGUGCUGGAAAGUUUGCCUACCUUUGAGCAUGGUUUGUUUGAUCCCUUGUUUGUUGGGCUGAUGCCUAAACAGGACAUUUGGCCUAUUAACGUUUAAUUAUGUGAUUAUUACUUGUCUUUUUCACCAUCUACAUUUCAAAAUAAA